ACUGCAUUCUGGGAAGUCCAACCAAAAUACGAAUGUGCAAAAUUCGAUCGAAGAAGCUGAAUCAAAUUGUCUGUUUAUCCAGAUUCUAGUGAUAAAUAACGUCUAAGCCGUUGUCACAAGCUCUACCUGUAUCUGCUUGUGGAAUCUAGGAUGUAGAUUGCCCAGUAAACUAAAUGAAAGUAGAACUCCAAACAGGCAGUCGCGCCUUUUUCGUCGUCAUCGAAAAGGCGCAGUUUCCCAUUUAAGCGAGUUCUUCCAAAGCGGAACCCUGCUAUAAACAACUGAAUUCCGGUUUGCCAGAGACUAUAAGUAAAGAAGAAGCGUCAAGGUUGCUCCCGUGCUCAGUGGACUGAGAGGCAUACAAAUUAAGUAUGGCUGUUGCGAGUGACAAAGCAGAGGAUGUAGAACUCCAGCCAUUAAACCAAACUGCUGAGGAUGACCAGGAUGAUGUCACUUCUCCUGCACCAAAGAAAGAGAGAAAAGAUGACCCAACAAAGAGCUCAGACUUCAAGAGAAUGCAUUCCUACCCAGAGGACAAGAGGGCAGUUGUUAAAAAGCCCAAACAAAAGGCUGCUAGCCACAGCCAUCCAGAGUUGAUAAGAAGAAUGCAGUCUACACCAGCAUUGACAGUGUGUGUCUUUCUUGUGGAGAAGUCUGGCCGUCUUCUCAACCUUGAAGAUGGAAAAUUAGCCACUGCUGGUGCCAUUAACAGGAUUAUGAUGGAGAAUCUGUCUUUCCCGCCUGAAGCUACCAAGGUGUUUAGUAUCUGGCUCAUGUCCCCAUUACUUCAGCUACAGCUCAAAGACCAUCAUGUUCCCUACAAGCUGCGCAAAGUCUGGCCAGAACUCUUAAAGAAGUUCACCAAUGCAAAUAUUGAGGCAGUUGAAAAAGAUGAGCCCAUAUUAUGCUACAAGAGGAACUCGUUCUUUCCUCUUGCAGAGGAAAAGAAGAUCACAGAUGAAAACAUGAUACGUCGACUUUUUGAAGAGGCCAAAUUUAAUGUUCUUACUGGGAGAUACCCAGUAGAUAAUGAAAGAGCCUUGAAGCUUGGUGGAAUAGUGGCUCUCAUAGAACACGGCAAGUUCAUUGAGAAGGACCACCAUGUUGGGUUUUUCAAGGGAAAGCUUGGUGAAUACCUGCCUGCUACGCUGACUUGCAAGCAGCACUGGACAUUCAGAGGGAGGCAACCCCGCAACCUGGUGGAGCAACAAUUGGUUGACAGCUACAAGGAGAUUUGCAACACCACAGACCUGCAAAGAGCAUAUAAACUUUUCUUGAAAGAGUGCUGGCAGCUCUCAUUCUAUGGGAGUGUGUUUUUCAUGGGUCAGACUGAGCGACCAUAUUCCAUGAUCUCAAGCAUUCUGGGUAGAAGUGAUCUCCCUGUCAGAGUUGGCAUCAACCGGGACAUGAUUCACAUCAUUGAUGAUCACAGAAAUGAGAUCCUUCUUAGUCUUAGUUUUGAUGAGCUCUCAUGGGACUACACCCCAGCAGAGGAGCACGAUGAAGACUGCCUUGAUACUUUUUGGCUGGAAUUUGACUCAAAAGACAAUGGUAAAACAAAAGUGCAGAGGCUUCAAAUCUUCUCCAAACAGGCCAUCAUGAUGGAUGCUAUGGUACAGUCAUGCGUUAAUUGCGAGUGUGAAUGCUGUGAAGAGGAAAGUUUCAAAGGUGGUGGUCCCAUACGUUGUCGUGUUGACAGGCUGAGUUUAUCUACUCUUGAAAGUGAUCUAUCGAGGAGAAAAAGAACCAACGUGUCAUUCUCGAACCCGUUCCGCCGGCCACACAGAGAGGGGUCCCAGCAGCACCCCCGCAGCACCCCUGACUAGACCACGCCCUCUUCUGAGACUGCUUUGCACAACUUGUAAAACUCAGUAAAGAGGACAAAUAUUCAAGAUCAACUCCUGUCCCAUUUAGAUUUAGACCCACAGGGAUCCCAUCGUAUCUACAAGUAGAAAGUGUAGGCACAGUGACAAUCUCAUGGCUGCUACAGAAAGAAAGAGAGUGCAGGGGAAGGGAGGAAUACACACAGCGAUCUCAUGGCUGCUACAGAAAGAAAGAGAGUGCAGGGGAAGGGAGGAAUACACACAGCGAUCUCAUGGCUGCUACAGAAAGAAAGAGAGUGCAGGGGAAGGGAGGAAUACACACAGCGAUCUCAUGGCUGCUACAGAAAGAAAGAGAGUGCAGGGGAAGGGAAUUGACAAGCCGUGAACACUUAGCUAGUAAACACGUGCGAAGACUUUAGUAGUAAUGAUUGAACAUAAUGAAUAUAUACAAAGACUUUGUCAAAAAAGCAAACAUUCUUCCGUUUAGCUUAUCAGUUAGUCGCUGUGUGCUGUCGACAGUGUUUCUAUGUAAAGUUUAUUCUGAAUUGCCUUCAUAUUAUGCAUAGCGUCACAUAGCUAGACAUUCUUUUGUAGAUAUUCAUAUUCCACAUGCAAAACGAGGGGGACUGGAGAGGAUUAUGGGAUGUUUCCUCGGACCCGUUCCCCCUCUUAUUAUCCAUAUAGCAAAAUACAAAAAUAAACUGUAAUGAAUGACUUUGAAAGCAAAUUCCAGUAUAGAUGUAAUAGAUGAUGGUUUAAGACAGUGUAUAUUACAUUUUUAACUUAAUUUAGCUGUUCACAAAUUAACAAACGUGAAAAUAAAAAUGUUAUUU